CCGCCCCUUCCGGCUUAGAGCCCGGAAGCUCCUUGGACCUUUUCCUCUCAGCCUUCCGGCGUCAUCCAGUCUCAGACCCGUUUUGCCCAGAAGUCUUUUCCUAAGGAGAGACUACGUCAGCACGUUUCGGCGUGAGACGGUGAUAUUCCUGCGCUUUAGAACAGCUCCCGGCGGGGUCUUUUUGUUGAUGUCCUAUAUCUCACUCGGUAUUGCGUUCUAAGCUGAGCGAGCCCGCCCGAAGAGCGGAGGAAUUUAAGUGUUUGCUGCGGUGACCUCAUCAGCCUGCCAGGAUGGCGAUGCAAGCAGCCAAGAGGGCAAACAUUCGACUUCCACCUGAAGUAAAUCGGAUUUUAUAUAUAAGAAAUUUGCCCUACAAAAUCACAGCUGAAGAAAUGUAUGAUAUAUUUGGGAAAUAUGGACCUAUUCGUCAAAUCAGAGUGGGGAACACACCUGAAACUAGAGGAACAGCUUAUGUGGUCUAUGAAGACAUAUUUGAUGCCAAGAAUGCAUGUGAUCACCUGUCAGGAUUCAAUGUUUGUAACAGAUACCUCGUGGUCUUGUACUAUAAUGCCAACAGGGCAUUUCAGAAGAUGGACACAAAGAAGAAGGAAGAACAGUUGAAGCUUCUCAAGGAAAAAUAUGGCAUUAACACAGAUCCACCAAAGUAAACAUCUUCUGCAUUUUCAUUUUGGACUAAAACACAUUAAUGGCCAUCAGCACCCUUUUUUGUUUUUAGUUAAUAUUGAAAAUUGUGAUUUCAUACUUGAGACUCAAAAAGCCUGCUUACAAUUUUGAUGUAUAUCAGAAUAUAUUACAUUAAUAAACCUGUAGCUUUUUAUAAAACA